AUGUCGCCCCUCACGAUCCACCAGGUGCCGAGCAUGGUCUCUCUCGCCCAGUACUUCGACUCCGUGGAAGACGACAUGCCGGAGAUCCAGGUAAAGCACUGGGACAAGCUCACGCCGCACCGCAAGGUCAACGAGAUGUCCGGCAGCUACCUCCCGGCCGUCGGCUUCGCGAGCACGCCCGCUGUGCCGAUGAAGAAGGUCAAGUCCUUUGCCGACUUCGCGCCCUCGCCCUCGGCGGGCGAGUCCGAGGACACCUGCUCCAACGCCGAGAGCGGCUCCAGCCUGGCCGCGGUGCGCCCGGAGUUCGACCCGCAGUCCGCCGCGGACCGCGCGGUCCAGAUGGACGGCCUCGCGCUCGCGCGGUCGUACCUCGACGCGCUGAUCAUGCACGGGUGGGAGGAGCGCGCGCACCUCCUGCGCUACAGCAUGGCCGACGUGGAGACGAAGCUGGUGACGGACGGCCCGCUGCCGUGGAUCGCGCAGCUCAACGAGGGCCGCUACCUCAAGAAGCGCCCGACCGAGGUCCGCGUCGACCAGGUCGUGCAGCCGUACGACGCCUCCAAGUUCAACUUCAACAAGGCCCUGCAGGAGGAGGUGCUCUUCCAGUUCGAGCGCAGCGCGACGGGCAUCUCGACGUUCCACGCGGCCAAGGAGAUCACGGAGGGGUCGUCGCCGAACCUGAUCCUCGUCAACGUGUCGCCCAUCGAGUACGCGCACAUCCUGCUCUGCCCGGGCACCAACCGCUGCCAGCCGCAGCUCGUCGACGAGAACAACCUCACCGUCGCGCUGCACCUCGCGGACGAGACCAACAACGAGCACUUCCGCCUCGGGUACAACUCCCUCGGCGCCUACGGCACCAUCAACCACAUGCACUACCAGGCCUACUACCUCCAGCAGCCCUACCCCGUGGAGCUGUGCGAGACCACGCUCCUGGGGAAGACGCCCGAGGGCGUCACGCUGCACCGCGUCGAGGGGUACCCCUGCCGCCUCCUCGCGUUCGAGGUCGAGAACUGCCUCGAGGAGCUCGCGCGCUCCGUGGCGCGCGUCUGCAAGGCGCUCGCCGACGCCAACGUCCCGCACAACCUCCUCAUCUGCGACAAGGGGCACCGCGUGUUCCUCUACCCGAACCUCUUCUCGGAGCGCAUGGCGCGCGGGCUCGUGCCGGAGGACGUCCGCGAGACGCAGAUCAACCCCGCGGCGUUUGAGAUCUCCGGGCACAUCCUCGUGAAGAAGCGCAGCGACUACGAGGUGAUCGACCACGACAUGGUCAACCGCGUCCUGCGCGAGGCGUCGUGCUGCGAGCCCAUGCUCGACGCCAUCGUCGACGUCGCGCUGGGCAAGGUCGAGGACGAGGCCAUGCACGUCGGGGCGUGCGGGUGCGACCACUGCACCAUGCCGCACGACGAGGAGGAGGAGGAGUGCUAA